CAGUCUCUGUUGUGUGCGAACUGCCGUUAAAUAAGGAGAAGAAGAAGAACGCCCAUUUUGCUCUCCCACUCUGACCACCGACGUGAUUUAAAAUCUCCCACACAGAAGAGGACAAAAAGCUGCAAUGGACGGUGAUGUUGCAGUUGGUGUGAAGAGAGGCUCAGAUGAGCUCAACAUGUUCGGAAGCAGCCCCAAUUCACUGAGCGCAAACGGCAGUGACAGUAAGAAACAGCGUCUGGAGGAAUCCGCUCCCUCCAGAGUUCUUCACAUCAGGAAACUUCCCAAUGAAGUGUCAGAGACUGAAGUCAUCGCUCUCGGGCUGCCUUUUGGAAAGGUUACCAACAUACUGAUGUUAAAGGGGAAAAAUCAGGCGUUCCUGGAGUUGGGCACAGAGGAAGCAGCGAUCACCAUGGUGAACUACUACACAGCUGUCACACCACAGGUCAGAAACGCUCCUGUCUUCAUCCAGUACUCCAACCAUAAGGAACUAAAAACAGACUCUGCUCUCAACCAGAGAGCCCAGGCGGUGCUGCAGGCAGUGUCAGCAGUGCAGGAUGGAAGCUCUCCAUCCUCUGACCCGGGAGUUCUGGACCUUGCUCCGCCCCCCAGCCCGGUCCUGCGAAUUAUCAUUGACAAUAUGUUUUAUCCAGUGACACUAGAUGUGCUACAACAGAUCUUCAGUAAAUUCGGGACGGUCAUGAAGAUCAUAACCUUCACCAAGAACAACCAGUUUCAGGCUCUCCUGCAAUUCAGCGACCCUGUCAAUGCACAGCAAGCUAAGCUGUCUCUGGAUGGACAGAACAUCUAUAAUUCAUGCUGUACGCUGCGGAUAGACUUCAGUAAACUGGUCAACCUCAACGUCAAGUAUAACAAUGACAAGAGUCGAGAUUACACCAGACCUGACCUUCCUACUGGAGACGGAGAGUCAGCCAACAAGGAUCACUCCCUAUUAGGUACCCCAUCUGGAGCUCUUGCUUCCUACUCUAGUGGAGGAGGCUACUCAUCUUCUCUCUCCCUCUCCCAGGGUGGAGGAGGAGCCAUCAGUCCACUGAGUGCCGCAGCAGCAGCGGCGGCGGCUGCAGGCCGUGUUGCUCUGUCUGGCUCUGGAGUCUCAGGCGUCCUGUUGGCAUCCAACCUGAAUGAGGAGAUGGUCACGCCUCAAAGUCUCUUUACCCUCUUCGGAGUCUAUGGUGAUGUCCAGAGGGUGAAGAUCCUGUACAACAAAAAGGACAGUGCUCUGAUUCAGCUGUCUGAUGGCAACCAGGCUCAGCUAGCGAUGAGUCAUCUGAACGGCCAGAAGGUGUUCGGUAAAGUCAUGAGAGUGACCCUGUCCAAACAUCAGACUGUGGCUUUGCCCAGAGAGGGACUGGAUGACCAGUUACUGACUAAAGAUUUUUCUGGCUCACCUCUUCAUCGUUUUAAGAAACCAGGGUCCAAAAACUUCCAGAACAUCUUCCCGCCCUCUGCGACUCUUCACCUCUCCAAUGUCCGAGACGGUGUUGGUGAAGAGGAUCUACGUCUUCUGUUCUCUAACGGCGGAGGAACUGUCAAGGCCUUCAAGUUUUUCCAGGACCGUAAGAUGUCUUUGAUCCAGAUGUCGUCAGUAGAGGAGGCGAUACAGGCUCUGAUGGAGCUUCACAACUAUGACAUGGGAGGGAAUCACCACCUUAAAGUUUCCUUUUCAAAGUCCACCAUUUAACCCACAUCCUGACUCCUACAUGCUAAAUCUAUGAGAAGUCCCUACUUUGUGCAUUUUAACACUUUUUUUUUAAACCUCCUGUGCACCGUCUCCCCCCCCAAACCCUCCAAAUAAAUAAGUAGUUGAAUAUUUAUCACAGAAAUCUGCUUCAACCUCUAAAUUUUAAAAUUCAGAGUCAUCUUUCAGAAUCUAAAUGAAGCCUGAUACAUGUUCUUCAGGAGCAGAAGACUGAGUCCGUGUUCACCUGCAGGGUUUCACUCUGCAGUGUUUUUAAGUUCAGAGUAACUGAGCACAUUUUGACGUCACUGUAGUUUUAGUUUUAGUUUUAGUGUCAACACAGCUCACUUUAGACCACAGACAUCACUCAUGUUAGCCGGCAGAGACACAGACUUACUAAGAGUGUGCUGGUCCAGUCCUCUAAAUGACAUCCAGAUCACCUUUACUGGUUUCAGAUAAACCAUGUUUCUCCAAGGUACGAGCACACGGGAGAAGUUUGUUGUUAACAAUGUGUAAAAUCAAUCCACACUGUUUUCAUCUUCACUUUAAAUGAUCUCUUUUGAAUCGUCAGAACACAACGUUACUGUAAAGGCUUUGAAGCAACAAGUAGAAGAUUUCAAAAUGUUGCUGGUACAGAAUCAGACUCAAUCCAGCUUUUCUGGACUGGCUGAAGGUCUUGCUUUUAUUUCCACGCUCAGAACAACAGUUUGUAUUUUGAUGCGAAUCAUCGACCAUCAUGGCGUUUAAAGAGAAGUAAACAGUUAUUGAUUUGUCCGUUUGAAUCCCAUCCCAGUGUUCAGUACUUCAUUGCUGACUUGGUGCAAACACACACACACACACACACACACACACACAGAUUGCAUGCUGUCAAGGAUUCAACAUGUGAUUCUGGUCUUGGUCUCUGGAGUCCUGAGACCUUUAAGGACCAAAGUUAUGUGCCUUUAGCUUGUGGUCUGAUCUUUUUUAUGCCUGGUGGAAGUGUCACUUUGUUGAUCUCAUGUUGUAAACCUCUAUAAACAAGAAACAGGAAGUCCCUGUGUUAAGUAAACCUGCUCUCCCCAGGUCUCUGUCUAAAAACACAAGUAUUAGAACACCGGGUCUCUUCAUCCAGUCUUUGUUUUCACUCAUCUGUGGUUCUCGUUUGAAGCUGUGAGGUUUUUCCUUUCAGGAGAUUGUUGUGAUUUUUCUACCUGAGCUGAUUUCAUAUGUGGUAAGAUUUCAUAGUAGCCCAAAAUUCAAUGUGUCUUUUCUACCGAUGAGCCGUGGGGAGAUGAUGUUUGUGAGUUGGAGCCAGGUUCAGGCCUCGGGGCUCGUCUAUAUCUUUACCUGUCAAUAAAGUUCUCUCAUUCUACUCA